AUGGCGAAUUCAUCGCCCCUCCGAUCGGAAAUCGAGUCGCCUGAGUUAGGAGUUCUAAUUGACGACGAGAUCAGCCUCCAAACGCUGGACGAGAUGAUCGAGUGGUGCAUCGAGGGGUUCGGCUGGCGGCAGUUUCUCCGAGCCCUGCUUGUCUCCUUGGCCUGGUUCUUCGAUGGACAACAGGCAUGCAUUAGCGACUACAGCGACGCCGGAGCCACUUGCGACUCGGCCGGGAACAGGUCUGUCUACAACUCCAUCAUAACGGAGUGGGGGCUAGAGUGCGCGAGCUCCUUCAUCACUGGCCUCCCGACCUCGUGCUUCUACUUGGGCUGCCUGAUCGGCGGCUUCGCGUUCGCCACCCUCGCUGACUCCUCGCUCGGCCGAAAGAACCUGCUUGUCCUCUCGUGUUUGAUUAUGUCGUUGGCCGCCUUGGCCACCUCGUUCUCCCCCAACCUCUGGGUCUACUCGGCACUGCGGCUUGUCAGUGGGUUCGGACGAGCGUCCAUUGGCACGAGCGCGCUGGUCCUGUCGACCGAGACGGUCGAAAAAAGGUCGAGAGGACUCAUUGGGAUGAUUGGCCUGUUCUUCGGAACAUUAGGGUUAUUAUCCUUGCCUGCCAUAGCAUACCUCCUCAGAGAUGCUUCGUGGAGAUACCUCUACGUUUCGACCUCGGCACCCGCCAUCUUAUACUGCCUCCUCUUGUUCUUCUUCAUCCGCGAGUCUCCAAAAUGGCUCUUCAUGCAGGGCCGCGAGGACGAGGCCAUGGCCAUACUGAGGAAUAUCACGCUGCCGACAAAGCACGGCAGGCUGAAGUCCUACCUGUCAAGCUUUCCCCAUAAGCAAGAAACCACAAAACUCGACCUGUACUCCUCGAUCAAGGACCUAUUCCGGAGGCGGUGGGCGCUGACCCGGUUGGCGAAGGUCAUGGCGCUCGGGUUUGGCAUCGGGAUGAUGUACUACGGGAUGCUGUUGGGGGUCGGAAACCUAGGAUUCAACAUCUACCUAAGCGUCACCUUCAAUGCCUUGCUAAUCAUACCAUCCUACUUUGUGUCCUAUUUCUUGCUGAAUGGAUGGAAUAGGAAGAGCACAAUUCUUGGCUUCACAAUGGUGAGUGGUGCGCUAAGUGUGGCAUGUGCUUUUGUGGGGAGUGGGGGUGUGGAAAUAGGGUUGGAACUUGCCUCUUUCUUCUGCACUUGCAUGGCUUACAAUGUGCUCGUCAUCUACACCAUCGAAUUGUUUCCAACAAGCGUGAGAAAUUCGGCGACGUCGAUGAUGAGACAAGCCAUCACACUCGGUGUUCUAUUCGAUCCAACGUUGAUCUCGGCCGGCAGGGAAAUACCCCAUUUGACCUACUCAGUGUUUGGAAUCGCGAUCAUUUUCUGCGGGCUCAUGGUGCUUUUGUUGCCGGAGACAAGAGGGACGACGCUCUCCGAUACCAUGGAUGAGCAAGAGCAGAGAGAUUUUUGCUCUGAAUAA